UGACUACCGCUAGCCGUAACACUUUAAUUAGUCGGUAUCCGCCUUCUCUGUCGUCGCCCUCCUCCGCGUGCUUUCACCUGUUGGUGCCGACAAACCGCUCGCGCUCAUCUGUCAUUAUUUUUCUUUUUGCUGGGAAGGGACUGAAUCAAACCAGUCCGGCUUUGUCAUUAUGCUAUGACUCGUCAGAGGACCCGCAUGUCUUGCUGAAGUUGGACCACGUUAUCAGACUAUAGAAAUGCCCCAACACAAUAUGGAAAACUCCAGGAGUCAGUGGCAGCAGGGUGUGCGGCCUCCGUGGAUCACCAGAAUGACUGAAGGUCAGAGUCCCGCCUCCUCAGGGGCAGAGUCCGAUACAGAAAGUAGCAGCGCAGAGAGCGAGAAGACCUCCAUUAAAAAGUUGGAGGUGGGUUCACUGAGGGUCCUGCCAUCACCCUCCAUGCUCCAACAGCGAAUCACAGAGAUCGACCAGCAGAAGGAAGAGCUAAACAUUGAGCUGCAGCUGGAGAUUGCUUUGCUACAAGGAGAGCUGCAGACAGAGAAGGACCGGCUGCACAAACACACGCAGAAGCUGAAGGAUCUACAGCAGGAGGCCGAGCAAAGAGAGAAGCACAAACACACAGACAGACAAAAGGAACGAGAGAGUCUGGAAGAGGAGCGACGCAGGGUGGAGGAGCUGAAGAGGAGGUGCAAAGAGAAAGAGAAGCUGAUCCCUAGUCAGCCAGAAAGUCAGCGAGAACAGUUAAUGCUGCAGCUGCAGAAGGAGAAGGAGGCGAUGGAGGCAACAGUUCGGGCCUUUGAGGAUUGGGAGUUUAAUUUUCUGGAGCGAGAGACUGGCAUUGUUGAAGAGGAUGAGAGCAAAUCCAAGGAGGGAGAGAGUGAAGGAGAACUUGAAAAGGAAAUCUCAUGCCAGAAGCUUUUGGUCAACGUUGCACAGGAGCAGGUCCACCGGUUAGAGAGACAGCUGCGGGACAUGGAAAAGGAGAAGGAGAGAGAGAUGAAUGCCUUGAGGAAAGAGAAGAGGGAGCUCAUACACACUCAAAUGGUUCGCAAAGACAAGACGCCGCUCACCGACUGGACUGACAUCACCAGCUCAGCUCCCUGCAUGAUGUCACUUUCUCCUCUGACGGUUCACAAGCCUCCUCAGGAUCCAAGCAAAGAAGGUGUCAGUCUGCCCAGGAGACGAAGCUCCCAUCGCAAUAACAGACUGAACGACAGGCCGGUGUCAGCACAGGUGCUGGUAAGGAUGCAUCCUGACAGCCAGACCCCAGAGGCUUUCACAUCCCCUGUCCUUUCCCAUAGACUGAGCAAUGGGCACGGCAGUGGGCACGGCAGUGGGCACGGCAAUGGGCACGGCAGUGGGCACAGACCUGGGACCAGCAAUGGUGGUGGAGUCCUAACUCCAUGUAAUAGUACAACAAGCUCUCGUGCUGCCAGUCCAUGCCUUUUGGAUCUCAUCGAGAUUGAGAAGAAACUGAGGGAAGCCAAAGCAGAGAGAGAGAGGCUGCUCAGAGAGCGGGAAGAGCAGCGACGAUUGCUAUUGGAGGAGAGAAGACAAAGAGAGCUUAACUCUUCCAGAACAGAACCACCAGAACCAGAGACCCCACAAAGACCAGAGCCAGAACCUGAAGAGCAACAAAGGGUCAUCUCUUCCCCAAACUCCUCUGAGCAGCGUAGCCUGCCCCUCUUCCUCUCUCCAAACUUUGACCUGAGGGCCCAUGUGGAGUCUCUGGGUCAUGGAGUGACUGGCUGCACGGAACUGCGGCUGACGUCACGACGCUGUGCGGGUUUCCUGACCAAACGAGGGGGGAGGGUCAAAACCUGGAAGAAGAGAUGGUUCCUGUUUGACAUGGACCACAAACGACUAGCCUACUAUACAGACUGUGAUGAAAGGAAGCUAAAGGGAGUCAUUUAUUUCCAAGCAAUAGAGGAAGUUUACUACGACCAUCUACGAACAGGCACCUCUUCACCACGGCCCAGUCUGACGUUCUGUGUGAAGACAUAUGACCGUCUGUUCUUUCUGGUGGCUUCCAGUGCAGUGUCCAUGCGGAUCUGGAUGGAUGUUAUUGUCACAGCAACAGACGAGCAUAGUCGUUAUUAACUUUUUGAAGUUAAAAUCCUUGCUUCUGAGCAGGCAGCGCAGGGGGGUUGUGUUUCCCUCUCUGCUGUCUAAGGGCCGAUCUUGUUGAAGAUCCACCUCAGGAGCUCAUUCGGUACCUGGACUCAUGAAUAUGUGAAUGAAGUGCAUGAGAUACAGAUGUGGUUAAACAGAGUCGUGGAAACUGUUACUGACAGAGUGAUUGAUGGGGACAGAGGUUCACCAGCUGCAAACCACAAGCAGCUUCACUGAGCAGCGUGCACAAUGGGUGUCUGUUACUGGGAGGUGUUAUGUUGAGCUUUACCUCCCCCUGCUGGUCACAAUCCAGCAUUACAAGACUGAUGUACACUAUGCAAUAAUACACUAACAGGUGGUGAACUUAAUAACAGCUCCUGUGCAAUACUAUGCAUUCCACUGUAACAGUCCAAAAAUAAGUGUACUUAAAUUAGACUGUCAGAGGCGUGUUGAGGUUAAACACUGUGACUGUUUUGUGCUGUAAUUUGUGUUGGAUUGCUUUAUAUUGUCAGAUGUUACCAUUAAAAUGUCCAAAUUUUUUUCUGUUUUUAUUGAA